GCUAAGGUCACUCUCAUUCGGGAAGGAACAGCUCUCAGCACACAGGAGCCCACGGCAUACCAGAGAGUAACGACUGAAAAGAGUAGCUUUCCAAGAUGUCUCUGUCAAACAAGCUCACCCUGGACAAAGUGGAUGUCAAAGGAAAGCGUGUAGUUAUGAGGGUCGAUUUCAACGUGCCCAUGAAGGACAAGGCCAUCACAAACAACCAGAGGAUCAAGGCUGCACUUCCAUCCAUCCAGCACUGUUUAAACAAUGGAGCCAAAUCAGUGGUGCUGAUGAGCCACUUGGGCCGGCCCGAUGGCAUCCCCAUGCCUGACAAGUACUCUCUGGAGCCUGUGGCCGCAGAGCUCAAGAACCUGCUGGGAAAAGAUGUUACGUUCCUGAAAGACUGCGUUGGUGCCGAAGUGGAGAGCGUCUGCGCUGAUCCUCCUGCAGGUUCCGUCAUCCUUCUGGAGAACCUGCGCUUCCACGUGGCUGAAGAGGGCAAGGGCAAAGAUGCCGCAGGAAACAAGACCAAAGCAUCCCAGGAGGAGAUUAACACUUUCAGGGCCUCCCUGUCCAAGCUGGGUGACGUCUACAUUAACGAUGCCUUCGGAACGGCACACAGAGCCCACAGCUCUAUGGUUGGUGUAGAUCUUCCUCAGAAAGCUGCAGGCUUCUUGAUGAAGAAGGAGCUGGACUACUUUGCUAUGGCCUUGGAGAAGCCACAGAGACCAUUCCUGGCCAUCCUUGGGGGGGCCAAAGUCAAAGAUAAGAUUCAGCUGAUCAACAACAUGCUGGACAAGGUGGACGAGAUGAUCAUUGGGGGCGGCAUGGCUUUCACCUUCCUCAAGGUGCUCAAGAACAUGGAGAUUGGCAAUUCCCUGUUUGAUGAUGAAGGAUCCAAAAUCGUCAAGGACCUGAUGGCCAAAGCCGAGAAGAAUGGAGUCAAGAUCACCCUUCCUGUCGACUUUGUCACUGCAGACAAGUUUGAUGAGAAGGCCACAUCAGGAACAGCUACAGUGGCUGAUGGCAUUCCAGCAGGAUGGAUGGGUCUGGACAGUGGGCCUGAGAGCUCCAAGCUUUUUGCUGAAGCUGUAAGCAGAGCUAAGCAGAUUGUAUGGAACGGACCCGUUGGCGUAUUUGAGUGGGAUAACUUCGCCAAGGGAACCAAGAACCUGAUGGACAAAGUUGUGGAGGUGACCAAAAGUGGUUGCAUCACCAUCAUUGGUGGCGGAGACACGGCGACCUGCUGCGCCAAGUGGGACACGGAGGACAAAGUGAGCCAUGUGAGUACAGGAGGUGGAGCAAGUCUGGAACUUCUGGAGGGAAAAGUGCUGCCUGGUGUAGAUGCUCUCAGCAGUGUUUAAACAUCUGGCAACCCGUUCGCUGGGGCUGUGAACGUCUCCCCUGAAGAGGCUCUUGUUACACACUCAUUCACUGCUAUUAGUAUACAGAGGCACGGAUGACGAAUGUCCCAUCUCUACUCAACAAACAGUAAACCCUGCUUUAGUAACUGCUGUUUUUUUUUUUUAUCUGCUCCUGUUUACUCCAUUGCUCACGCAAAGCUCGAGCUACACAGUUAGCACACUGUGCCCUUCUGAUCGGUUUUCCAUUAAGGAAAGCGUCAUGCCCCAGCUUACAUGUUAACCUGAUCCUAAAAGUACUGAGUAUUUGUCUCACUUGCUGAAGUGUUAGUGUUUUUGUGUCAUCUUUAUAUAACCAGUAACUGAAUUCAGUAUAUAAAGAUGAAAAUGUGGUGUGCAAUGUAACCAUAGAGCUCUUAUUUGGCGCCCCUUAACUGAUGGUUAAUACUGUAUGUGAAACUGUAGACACUUUAUGUUGCACUUCUCAUCAUGGUCCUUUGGCUUGUAAAAUAAAUAUGCAUACGAGGACAUGCAGUCUUCAAUGGACUAUAAAUAAAAGUUCAAAAAAUGUU